AUGGACUGCCAUUCUGAACACGUUGAACACGAUCACGGUGACCACGGCCACGACCAUGGACACGACCACAGUCACGUUCCCCAGCCCCAUACCUCUUCGGCUCAGACUCUGUAUAAUCGGAUUUCGCACGCUGGCAUCCGAACCCUGAACGAGUCUGAAGAGGGAGCCGGAGCCUCUGUCUUCAAGGACUGGGAGUCCCGUCUGGACACCUCCAAGUACCUGGAGAGUGACGUGGACGAGCAGCUUCUUAUCCACGUGCCAUUCACGGGUCUGUGCAAGAUCCACUCGCUGCUCAUUCGAACCACCAACGACGACUCUGCCCCUCGACACAUGAAGCUAUUCAAGAACAGAGAUGACCUCGACUUUUCCACCGCCUCCGAUCUCACUGCCAACCAUGUGAUCGAGCAUCCCGAGGGGGUCGGAGGCACUCUGGAUCACUCCAUUGAGGUCGCCCCUACGUCGUCGUCUCUGGAUGAAGAGGGUAUUGCUGAAUAUGCACUUUCGCGGGCCCAGUGGUCCAACAUCACGAGUCUGACGCUGUUUGUGGAGGACAACUACGGCGAGGACGUGACCCGAAUUCUUUACAUUGGUCUACGUGGCGAAUUCAAGGAACUUAACCGAGCCCCCGUCGUGACGCUGUACGAGUCAGCCGCCAACCCCGCGGAUCACAAGAAGAUUGUGCCUGGCGAGGAGUAUGUUGGAGACACGCUUUAA